UAUCGAAGCAACUACCGCCACCACCAUUGUUUACGCGUCGCCAUACCAACAACAAAAUUUCAUCUUAAUUAGGAGGAGCAUCUUUGGCAGGUUGGAGAAUGGUUUGAGGCAUGAGCGAUACCGACACGGACGACACUGAUCUGUUGUUGCUGGUCCCGCCCAACUACUACACCCAUACCGCCGAACGUUUGCUGCACGAAGUCAAGAUGAACGCAGAAGCAGCUGCAGCCGAUGCACUUGUCAUGCCACCACCGAUAGUGCCCACGACGGCAGCGUAUCAAUUCCUGCCGCCCAGUAAGAAAACGGAACUGAAUCAGAUAAACGCACGACUGCAGAACAUUGGGCUGGAUGGCGAAGAUCAUGGCCGCUUUGAUGUGCCCUCCGAUAUAUCCACAAUCUCCACAAACACUGUGCGCACGGCGACGGGUACCAGGCUGCCGAAGGAGUUUCAUGGCGUGGUGCAUUCCACGCCCAAGGGUGGAUCGGUGGAGCCACCAAGGCGUCGCCAUGCUGAGGAUAACAUUCUGCAUGAGAUUGACCAUUAUCUGGACGAAAACAACACGAAUCGCUGGCAGCAGCAGCAACACCAUCAUAUUCAUCAUCAUCACAGUGAGGAGCACCUGCGAAAUGUACGUGCUGUGCACGACAUUCAUCAUCCGGCAGCCACUUCCCUGCCAAGCAUUCGUAUGACAUCCACGUCGGCAUCCAUUGAGGCGGCUAGAUGCCCCCGCGGCAGCCUCAGUGACAACAACAACCAGCUCAUCAGCUUGAGUGAUCUCUGGGGCAAGAGCAGCAUGGCGGGCACAGUUGUCCCCAGCAAUAUGCCCAAUCCACUGCUGUGCAGCCCCUCGCUAAAGGAGGAGCAGCUGCGACGCCAGCACCUGGAGAAAACUGUGCAGACUUUGCAGUCCCAGCUGCUGGAGUAUCAGCAGCGCAUCUCCGUGGCCAUGGAGGUGGAUCGCAGCAAAGAUGAAGCUCUAAAAGGUGCCGAGCAGACCGCAGCGACUCUCCACAUUGAGGUGCAACAACUGCGAGACGUUCUCCACCGGCUGGAGGCGGAACGCUGUGACACACAUGGCAAAAUGGAAACUCUGCAGCACGAGCUGGCGCAGGCAGUCGGCUUGGCCACCAAAUUCCAAGAGAAGAACGAGAAGCUGGAGGCAGAACAGAACAAGCGUCAGCGCGAGGCCAAAGAAUGGGAUGACAAAGUGGAGCAGCUGGAAAUGCAGCUGCAUGGCAGCAAGCGAGCCGAGGAGCUAUCCCAUGCAGAGCUCAACAAGCUGAGGGAUAAAUUCGCCAAAAUCGACUAUCAGCAGGAGAAGCUUAAGGCACAGAUUCAAGAGAUGGAGACGGACAAUACCACGCUGAGGCAUCAGAAGGAAAUGCUGCAAGACUACCACCAAAAGCAGAAAUCUAGAGCUGAUGCGCUAGAAACACAACGUAAAUCAAUGCAAGAGACGCUCGCAAAUCUAACAGAAGUCGAGACAAACCUCAAGAAAAAGCUGGAAAUACAACAGAAGUCCCUGAAGCAACACUACCAGCAGCAAAUGGAGAAUGUGGUGGCCAAAAAGAUGCAGGAAUUCCAGCAACAGCUGGACAAAUCCGAGGAGAAUCUCAAGAGUGAGGCACGCGACCGUGAGCGACUGAUAGCAGAGCGUGCCGUAAAGCAGCUGGAAAUGAUCAACGAAAAGAACAACCAGGAACUGAAUCUCAUACAGGAGAAGCACGAUGAGGAGGUGGAACUGUACCGCCUGCAGCUGGCCAAUGCCUCAAAGAAGAUCGAUGAGCUGGAACUCAAACUGAGUUUCUACAAGAACAAGCGUGCUGACAUUGCGGAGAAGCUGCAUGGUGUUAUGGAGGCACAGUGGCAGCAGGCCUUGGCCAUUCUCACCUCACCCACACAAAAUGCCCUGAUGCCCGCCAGUGACACGGACAGCGAGUCUCCGGAGCUCAACAAUGCCCGUGUGUAUCCGGAAACUCCACGCACAAGCAAAUCGCAACGCAGCAACAAUACGGAGAAGAACAAUUUGGAUUCUGGUGGCAAGCGGGAUCCACCAUCGCCCAUGGACAAGCUCGCGGCAUACAUUGAGCUGCUGCUGAGCAAGUCGCCCAGCGAUUUCGACAAGCUCGACGAGAUACUGGCCCUAACCGCCAAGAAGGGUGGUGCCAGCAAGCCGAGCAAACGCAAUGGCUGUGGCAGCAACAAGGCACCGCCCUGGAAGUGCUGACAGCAGCGGAGGAGGAGGAUGCCUGGAAGCAUCAAAAUUGUAGUUAGUUUUAGCCUUAGUUGUAGCAUUUAUACAUACCAUAAUUGUAUAUGUUUUGACGAGAGUAAAUCGUUUAGUUCUUUGCAAAA